UAACUCUCACUCACACCAUCCACUACUCUUCUUAGUUCCAGCACAACAACCUCUUCAUUUCUCCCACACUUUUUUUUCUUUCACCAAAAAUGUCACCAGAUUUCACACUUUUGUUCUUCCCGGAACUCAUGCAGUCCCCUAUGAUCACUUUCCAAGCCACCCUCUGCGUCCUUCUCUUCACCCUCAUGUUCACGCUGCUCUUCACUCCUGGUGGGCUUCCUUGGGCCUGGGCCCGGCCCAGACCCAUCAUCCCUGGCCCAGUAACUGCCCUGUUAGGGAUCUUUACUGGCUCCACGCCUCACCGUGCUUUAUCCAAACUCGCCCGUAAUUACCACGCGGAAAAGCUCAUGGCUUUCUCCAUCGGUUUAACCCGUUUCGUCAUCUCCAGCGAACCGGAGACCGCGAAGGAGAUUCUCGGCAGCCCCAGUUUCGCUGAUAGGCCGGUGAAGGAAUCCGCCUAUGAGCUUCUCUUCCACCGCGCAAUGGGUUUUGCACCGUAUGGGGAGUACUGGAGGAAUUUGAGGAGAAUCUCAGCCCUACAUCUCUUCUCCCCGAAGAGAAUCACCGGCUCUGAAUCCUUCAGGAGCGAGGUUGGAUUAAAAAUGGUUGAACAAGUUAAGAAAACCAUGAGUGAGAACCAACAUGUUGAGGUUAAGAAAAUUCUACACUUUAGUUCGUUGAACAAUGUGAUGAUGACGGUGUUUGGUAAGUCUUAUGAGUUUUACGAGGGUGAGGGUUUGGAGCUUGAGGGUUUGGUGAGUGAAGGGUAUGAGUUGUUGGGUGUUUUUAACUGGAGUGACCAUUUUCCGGUUUUGGGGUGGUUGGAUUUGCAGGGUGUGAGGAAGAGGUGUAGGUGUUUGGUUGAAAAGGUUAAUGUUUUUGUUGGAGGGGUUAUUAAGGAGCAUAGGGUGAAGAGGGAGAGGGGUGAGUGUGUGAAGGAUGAAGGAACUGGGGAUUUUGUUGAUGUUUUGCUUGAUUUGGAGAAGGAAAACAGGCUCAGUGAAGCUGACAUGAUCGCUGUUCUUUGGGAAAUGAUAUUUAGGGGAACGGACACGGUGGCAAUUCUGCUAGAGUGGACUCUGGCUCGGAUGGUUCUCCACCCUGAAAUCCAAGCAAAGGCACAGCGCGAAAUAGACUUCGUUUGCGGAUCCUCCAGGCCCGUAUCCGAAGCAGACAUUCCGAACCUGCGCUACCUUCAGUGCAUAGUAAAAGAAACCCUUCGUGUGCACCCACCAGGCCCGCUACUCUCGUGGGCUCGCCUUGCUGUGCACGACGUUACCGUGGGCGGCAAGCACGUGAUUCCCAAGGGCACCACCGCGAUGGUGAACAUGUGGGCCAUAACCCACGACGAGAGGGUGUGGGCCGAGCCCGAGAAGUUUAGGCCCGAGCGGUUUGUGGAGGAGGAUGUGAGCAUAAUGGGGUCUGAUUUGAGGUUGGCACCUUUCGGGUCUGGAAGAAGAGUGUGCCCUGGGAAGGCCCUUGGUUUGGCCUCGGUUCAUCUUUGGCUCGCUCAGUUGCUUCAAAAUUUUCAUUGGGUUUCAUCUGAUGGUGUUUCUGUGGAGUUGGAUGAGUUUCUUAAGCUUUCUAUGGAGAUGAAGAAGCCACUGUCUUGCAAGGCUGUGCCUAGGGUUUCUGUUUAGGUUUAUGUGUGUUGUUGGGUUGAGUUGGUUUGGUUUGUCUGCUUAGGUUUGUGGAUGUUGUUCCCAAGGCUGUGCCUAGGGUUUCUGUUUAGGUUUAUGUGUGUUGUUUGGUUUGUCUGUUUAGGUUUAUGGAUGUUGUUUGGUUGAGUUGGUUUGGUUUGUGUUAUUUGCUAAGUUUAGUUCAAGAAAAGUAGGGUUUAGAGCACCUUUUUAUUAAUCGCUAGGGGUUGUUAUUCCGUGUACGGUUUGUAGUAAGUUGUAAAAGACUAGAAGAGAAUGUAAGAGGUUUUGUUUUGUGUGGGUCGUUAAUUAAGUGUAUUUGCAGCAGUUUGAUCAUGC